AAUGUGUUGUCUUAUCGUGAUAUGUCAUGGUGAAACAUAUCUACACUGAAGACAAUAACAGUAGUGGGGAUUUUUGAUACGAAACCAUCACAUAUAAUAGCAUAAUAACAAAAUGACCAUCGUAGAAGAAGGGAGUGUCGUAAGUAGAGCUUUCCACGUUGCAGAGGGGUGAUCCCUGUUUGUUCUGUUGCAGCGUACACGAACUGCAUCAGUACGAGCGUGACUACUGUCUGUAUCACAUAGACCAUCAUCUACUUAUAACAUAUCUAGUGUUCUCCACUAUCGUGUAUCUAAAUAAAGAAUAAAUCGAUUUACGGAAAUGGCUUCGAACUCUUUUUGGAUUCUUGCUCUGGUUGCUUUUGUUUUUCUCAUCCAAUCAAGCGUGUCACUGAGAUGUUGGACCUGCACUUCCGACCGCAGCCCUGAGUGUGGUGAUCCAAUGAAUAUCACCCAGCAUCACAAGGAUUUCCAUACUAGAGAUUGUGAAGCCACAGCGAGCCAGAAUUCUUAUGCAUAUAACGAACGAUCGAUUUGCAAGAAACUCGUCCAACGAGAAAAUGGAAGAGAGGUUAUCCGACGUUCAUGCGAGAUCCCCGGCCCAGAAGAAAGAGACAUCACCAACGGACCUUGUGCAUCUCAUGACUCAACCCACAGCCAUGUGACUAUUGUAUCAUGUCACAUUUGUAAUACAGAUCUCUGCAAUUCUGCCACGUCUUUGUCCGGUUCACAAAUUUUGUUCCUUACAGCGAUUGCUUUCGUAGCUUCUUCAUUUGUACCUGCUAUCAAGUCGUUUAGCUUCUAAAUUAUCAGGCAUAAAAUAGAACACUUAUCAUCUCUAAGAGAUUUUAAAACUAAUUAUCCAUUCAUAUUAUUAUCAUAACUAUAUGAUAGUAAUAAAUACAAUACUGAUUAUUAUUUUAUUUUAUUUAAAGAAUAAUAUUAAUUCAAUUGUUAGAUUAAAUAAUUGAGAUACAAAUGGAUAAUAAAUUUCACUUUAUAUAUUUUUCUUACAUAAAAUUAAUCUGAUGAUAAAUAUUAAUAGAUAUAGUUAAUCAUUUUACUAACUUAAGUAUUGAAUAUUUGGUAAGUAAAUUUAACAUUGGUUUCGGUUGUGCAUUCAUCAAUGCUAUUGAUUUACUUUAAAACACAUGAUUUGUUGUAAUAAAAAAUUAAUUGAGUUAGAAAAGUAUUAAAUAUUUUUUUAAAAAAGAUACUUCUAUUAGAUAUUAAUUAAUAAUGAAUAUGAGCAAUCGAAAUCGCAAAAAUGUUAUUGUUAGUACUUUCGAAGUAAUUUUCAAUUUUCCUGACACAAUUGAUCUAUUUUUUAUGAAUAGUGAACUCUAAGCAGUAAUUUUGACGUUUUAUUGUUGUCCUUUUUGUUAAAUUAUUAUUAUUUUGUUAAAUAAAAUCAGUCUAAAAUAAAAAAUUAAAACACAAUAACAAAACAAGUUUUUCGACUGGAGAAUAUUUCAAAAAAACAGUACGAACUUUUUGUAAAAAUAUGUUACUACUCAAUUGAUUUUUCUAUUUUUUGGAUUUUUGAAUAAAAAAAAAAACAUAAAGACAGAAAUCGGCGCAAAUUUGCACCGCAGGUACAAACAAAAUACAAACAUGUAUUGUAAUUUUUACAUAUAUACAUAUAUAUAUAUAUAUAUAUUCUUUACUUUACGUUAUUACUUUCCCUAUUGAUAAUUGUAUACUUAAGACUCCCUCCUCAAUUUAUAUUCUUCCAUUCAUCUUUGUAAUAAUUUAAUAAUCUAAUUUCUUAUUCGCGUGAAAUCUUCCUCUUGAAUUAAGUUAAAAUUCCCAAUAGAAAGUGCUCUCAUGCGCAAAGUAAAUAAAAUAGAAAUGAAAUGGAAAAAAAAAAUUGUGGCUUAUCAGGUAUCCGUCCAAAAGAUGAAAUAUUGCCACGGCUGAUUAUUAUUUAAUUAGAUAAUCGCGAAAUUUUAGUUUUAAAUAAAAUUCGCAUCCGUGGAUUUGAUUAACCAUUUCUUAUUUUUAUUUUUAUCUCAUAUAAUUGAAUUUUUACUUUAUAGUUUAUUUGUUUCAUAAAAUUGUAAUUAAUCUGUCAAAAUAAAUCACUUUCAUUGCUAGCUUA